AUGGCAGCGGCUCUCAGUCCUCAGGUCACGAACCUAGUGAUCAUCCUAGGGAUGAUGCAAGUGUCCAAGAAAAUACCUUUCGACGAUCCCCAAGUCCUCAUGGGCGUGCGAGCACUGUACAUUUUCACCAACGUGGUCAUUAUCUCAAUCUACCUGUACAUACAAAGCAAGAUCAAUAAAAAGAAAGACCUCACAACCAUCAAAUACGUCGAACCACCUCCCAUGGGCUCCUCGGAAGAGCCUAAGCUUGUCACUACGACGGUGCACUCCUACGAUCUACAACAGCUGCGAUCAGCUUUCAAAUCGCAGCUCAUGGGUGUCGGCAUGAUGGGUGUCAUGCAUCUCUACUUCAAAUUCACCAACCCUCUCCUCAUCCAAUCAAUUAUUCCCUUGAAGGGCGCAUUUGAAGGAAAUCUGGCAAAGAUCCAUCUUUUUGGCUCUCCAGCUAUCGGUGACUUGAAGAGGCCAUGGAAGUCUGGUGGAGGAUUGGCGGCUGCGAUGGGUGGUGCGCCGGAUGUGAAGAGCGAUAAGAAAAGCAUUGAGCAGGCUGAACGGGCUGGGAGCGGAGGUGUGAAAGAGGAGUAA